GUCAUGUUGCUUCAUGCGACUAGCAUACUGUUGUACAUUCAUCUGUACAUGGGAUAUGGGACUGCUUCAAAUGAAGGUGACGUGGUUGUCCUCGUCAGCGACCUUGGCGGUUACAUCUACAAAUUCAACAUGACAGGUGACAAUGCAACGAUGAUAUCACCGGCAAUUAAAGACUCGAGGUCGUCCUCCAUUGACUACGACCCUCUGUUCCGGCAAGUCUACUGGGUGAGACUGAAUACGAAGACGAUAAUGAAGUCCGCAUUUGAUGGCAGCAACAAGCAAAGUGUCCUCAUAACGAAUUCAACCAUCCGGGACAUUUCAAUCGACUGGAAAAUUAGACAGAUGUUUUACGUUGAUGACGAUGCUGAUGCAAUAUUCAUGAUGAAUAUGUCGACCACAGCGAUCACUAAAAUCAUCUCAUCAAAAUCCAGUGAUUGUCAGCCACAUUCAAUCGUGUUGGAUACAUCACGAAGGUUCAUUUACUGGACUGAUAUGGAGACAGCUAAGAUUGAGAAGAUGUGCUACAAUGGAACUCGUCUUGAAACACUUUUAUCUACUGGUGCUAGAUGGCCCACUGGACUCGCCAUUGAUCAACAAGGGGAACACUUAUUCUGGUGUGAUGCUCAUUCCUCCACGAGCCACCUCAUGUCCAUGGAAUUAGCAACUAAGAAGGUUUCUGUCAUAAAAACAAUGGAAACAUAUUUUGACGCCAACUAUUUUGAAGGCCAGCUCUACAUUAUUGCGCGAAACCACAGACGGUCUUUUUUCACAAUGACGGUAAAUGGAAGUAGGGUACAGAAACACACUCUGAGAAGAAGAAUGUCUGAAUGGCGAAGAAUAAAAGUAUUUCGGUAUUAUGAAUGUGACGAGGGCUACUAUGGUGUGACCUGUGAAUCCACCUGCGGCAGGUGUGCAGAGGGGAGCAUUUGUGAUCCAGGAAAUGGACAUUGUCCAUCAAGGUGUCAGGCGGGAUGGACAGGAGAUAGGUGUGAUACUGAAUGUCAAGAUGGGCAUUUGGACGACAGUUGUGCACUCUGUACCAACUGUAGGAAGCGGGUUGAGAUCAAAGCAGGCGGUGGACACUGUCCGCCUGGAUAUACAGGCGACAGUUGUGACACUUCAUGUCCGGAAGGUAUGUAUGGCGACGGAUGUCUCUCCGUGUGUGGCAAGUGCGGGAACAACGCUCCAUGUGACCCCGUGUCUGGACAAUGUACUACUGACGUCUUGGCGUGCUUUGACGGUACACAUUCGGUGGUUAAGCUGAUCUCGGGGUCUUGUGUUGUGUUGGCAGUUCUGUGUGUCAUUACGCUCAUCACCCUUUGGAAAUAUAAAAGGCUUGCCAAGCAUCAAAAGGGUAAAAUCCUUCGGCGGUUCGUGAAGAAUGGAGGAAUCUGUCAGACAUCUGCAGAAAGUAUAUGCGAUGUGAACAUUAUCUAUAACCCCAUGAAUACUGUUGGCGUUGGGGAGCCGUCAAUCAGCAUCACAAAGCAAUUGGACCGCAACGCUCAAGACGGAAACGACACGCACACGGGUCUCUUUGAGAGUAACUGCAUGGUUGCAGAGGACAAGCUCGGCGUGUACGCCAGGUUUUGAACUUCAGGAUGGCAAAUAUGGACGUUCCCUGUCCCCACUCUUGCUUGUGAAUAACGACGAUUUCGCGUUGUUCCAGAACACUUUUCAGCGUUAACAUUGUAAUUAUUCGCCGAGAAGGACGAUGUUACAGUCUUCGAUUAAACUGUAGACACUUAUACCCUGUUCACAUGCACAACAUUUACAGUAAACUACGGUUAUAACGAACACGCUUAUAACGAACUU